CUGGCGAGGGCUGCAAGGCGGUUGCUUCGAGCGUGCGGGUUUGCUCCCUGACGGGAGUGAGGGCGGUUAAGUGUCCACGGCGGCUUGUGCCUUUCCCGGUAGAGGUCCUUUGCUUCUCAGAUGUAAUGCACUUUAAGUUUGUUAUUCAACAGUGAAAAUGAGUCAUACAGAGGUUAAAUUAAAAAUACCUUUUGGAAAUAAAUUACUAGAUGCUGUUUGUUUGGUACCUAACAAGAGCUUAACAUAUGGAAUAAUUCUUACACAUGGAGCAUCAGGAGAUAUGAAUCUUCCUCAUUUGAUGUCACUGGCAUCCCAUCUUGCAUCUCAUGGUUUUUUUUGCCUGAGAUUUACCUGUAAAGGCCUUAAUAUUGUACAUAGAAUUAAGGCAUAUAAAUCAGUUUUGAAUUACCUGAAGACCUCUGGAGAAUACAGACUUGCAGGUGUUUUCCUUGGAGGUCGUUCAAUGGGCUCAAGAGCAGCUGCUUCUGUAAUGUGUCAUACUGAGCCAGAUGAUUCUCAUGGUUUUGUUCGAGGUCUCAUUUGUAUUUCUUAUCCACUGCACCAUCCAAAGCAUCAUCAUAAACUCAGAGAUGAAGAUCUCUUUCGUAUUAAAGAUCCUGUACUAUUUGUGUCAGGCUCAGCAGAUGAAAUGUGUGAAAAGAACUUGUUGGAGAAAGUGGCACAGAAAAUGCAAGCUCCCAAUAAAAUCCACUGGAUUGAGAAGGCAAAUCAUUCCAUGGCAGUGAAAGGACGGCCAACAAAUGAUGUUUUCAGAGAAAUAAAUACACAGAUUUUGUUUUGGAUCCAAGAAAUCACUAAUAUGGACAAGAAAUAGUUGUCAUCAUUUAAAAGCUAUGUUAUUUUGAAUAUAAGUACAGUUAAUUUGAUAAAGAAUAGUAUACCCUCAGCAUUAUGAGAUAUAUUUCAGACUAAUUUAAUGUUCUUUAAUGUUCCUCUAUUUUUAAAACACGUUUUGUGAUAUGUCCUUUUCAAAAUGUCUUUUAAAGCACUGUUAUAUAAAGAUGAUGUACACAUACUGAAG